CUCUGUCGAAAUCAAUUCACAAAUCAGAUCUCAAUCUUCUAUUGCUUCUCUCUAGAAACCAAAUCACAUCUUCUUCUUCUCGCAAUGGCUCGCACCAAGCAGACGGCAAGGAAAUCAACCGGAGGCAAGGCACCGAGGAAGCAGCUCGCAACAAAAGCGGCGAGGAAAUCAGCUCCGGCGACGGGAGGAGUGAAGAAGCCUCACAGAUUCAGGCCAGGAACGGUGGCUCUCAGGGAGAUCAGGAAGUACCAGAAGAGCACCGAGCUUCUGAUCCGCAAACUCCCGUUCCAGAGGCUCGUGAGAGAGAUCGCUCAGGAUUUCAAGACGGAUCUCCGUUUCCAGAGCAGCGCCGUCGCCGCUCUCCAGGAAGCUGCCGAGGCUUACCUCGUCGGACUGUUUGAGGAUACUAAUCUGUGUGCGAUCCACGCGAAGAGGGUGACGAUCAUGCCGAAGGACAUACAGCUCGCUAGAAGAAUCAGAGGCGAGAGGGCUUAGAUCCUCCUCGAUGGUUGUUGCAUUUGUUUGAACGAAUGUGUGAUGAUGAAUUGUAUAACUUCAAGUUUAUUAUAAGAACAAUGGAUCCAGUUUAAAUGA